AUUUGAAUCCACAUCACAGUAGAAACUUCAGAGAGCCCACUUCAGUUGCCAAAUUCUGUCAUGGAGAUGGCCUAAAGAAGCAUUUCUACAAGAAAAGCUGCCCUCAAGCUGAGGAUAUCAUUGGAAAAGUGGUUUGGAAAAAUGUAGCCCAGGAUGCAACAGUUCCUGCUGGAUGCUGUGAUGGGUUAGUUUUAUUGAACUCUACCAAAGAUCAUUCGGCUGAGAGGGAUACAAAACCAAACCUAACUCUGGACAGUUUCGAAGUUGUUGAUGAGGCCAAGGAUGCAGUGGAGAAGGCUUGCCCUGGAGUUUUUCUAGUUAUGUUCAAUCUUCGAUUCAUUCAGAUUUGCAUUGCAUUGAUGUAUGAAUUCUUUCUUCAAAUUGGUAUUUUACUUUGUUGC